AUGGGGAAGAAGGAAAAAAAUAUUUUCUUUUUUUUUUUUCGAUAUCUAUUUGCUCAACAUUUCUUUUAUUCCCGUCAAAGUCGGCAUGAUAACGGGGGUGGUGAGGUAAAUAGGAGGCCAGUGGGUAGGGAUUGGAGGGCGGGUAGCUUUCCUUUCUUCCAGUCUCUUUCACUUCUAAGCUUUUCGUCGUUCGUUAUAGUCAUUUCUCCAUCAUUCUUUCUCUUUUUAAUUGUCUUUCUUUCUUGCUUUCCUCGUCUCACUCUUUCUUUCUUUAUACUCUUCGUCUCUCUCUUUCUCGCUGUACUCGUCUGCCUCUUUCUUUCUUUACACAUCUUUUUUUCUCUUUACUUGUCUCUAUGCUUCUUCCUUCACGUGUCUCUUUCUUUCUUUCUUUACUCAUUUCUUUUUUCCUCUCUUUCUUUAUUAGCUCGUGCCCUCAAAAUACAUACUGUUGGUAAGACGAGAUUGCUAUUAAUUUUCUUUUUAUUUAAAAAAGAAGAAGCCAUUCCUCAUUCUUUUCAUUUUCCAAACUCUUUUAAACGUCUAUACUUUAAACACUUUCGAUAUUCUUUUCUUUCUCUCAUUACAAACGAGUCGAUUAUUUGUGCUAUCUUUCAUUCUCUUCCUACAAUUUGUCGAUUCCAUUUCUUUCUUUCUCUUCAUAUGUACCAUAUCCCCUUCAUAUCUAUCUAUCUAUCUAUCUAUCUAUCUACUCUUCCUUUCAUUCACUUUUCUUUUUUUCUUUCAUAUUUUCUUUCAUUUCUUGGAUCAUCUAUAUUUUUCUCUUCUUUCAUUAUUUCUGUUUUUUCACUUCCUCCCUUGUUACACUUUCACUUUCACUGUCUAUUUCUCUCUCUCUCUCUUUCUCUCUCUCUCUUUCUCUCUCUCUCUCUCUCUCUCUCUCUCUCUCUCAUUGCUUUGUCUGUUCGCACUAAUGGUGUUAGAUCUAUUACACAAGAAUUCCUUUCUUUCUUUCUUCUUCUUCUUCUCCUUUUUCUUCUUCUUUUUCUCCUUUUUCUUAUUUCUUCUUCUUCUUUUUUCUUGUUCUUCUUGUUCUUGUUCUUUUUCUUCUCCUUUCUUCUUUUUUUUCUUCUUCCUCUUCUUCUUUUUCUUCUUCUUCUUUUUCUUUUUCGUCUUCUUCUUCUUCUUCUUCUUUUUCUUCUCCUUUUCUUCUUCUUCUUGUUCUUGUUCUUCUCCUUCUUCUUCUUCUUCUUCUUCUUCUUCUUCUGUGCGUAG